CUGUGUGGUAGGCGGGAUUUCUGCAGGAAGAAACUACUGUGAGCUCACCGUGUAACCGGGUUUUCUCGCCAGCUGGAUUCUAGUACCGCGAGUCCCUCGGGAGAUGGCGUACGCCGACCGGUCCCCCGCGGAUAAGGACAGGUUCAUUUGCAUUUAUCCUGCAUAUUUAAAUAACAAGAAGACCAUUGCUGAGGGAAGACGGAUCCCUAUAGACAAAGCUGUUGAGAAUCCUACAGCUACAGAGAUCCAAGAUGUAUGCCUGGCAGUUGGACUUAAUGUGCAUAUUGAGAAAAAUAAAAUGUACUCCAGAGAAUGGAAUCGUGAUUUACAAUAUAGGGGCAGAGUACGGGUUCAGUUAAAACAGGAAGAUGGCAGUUUAUGCCUUGUACAAUUCCCAUCACGUAAGUCAGUAAUGUUGUAUGCAGCUGAAAUGAUACCCAAACUAAAAACAAGGACACAAAAAACAGGAGGUGGUGACCAAAGUCUUCAACAAGGAGAGGGAGGUAAAAAAGGAAAAGGGAAGAAGAAGAAGUGAUCCGGUGACACCUACUUGGUGAAUAUAUAUCAGUCCUACAGAAGAUAAGAAUGAACAUUGAUGUUUGCUUCUGAAGUGAAUGAUAAAAAAGGAAACUAAAGAAGUUGUAUGAUUUGUUUACCUUCACUUAACUGGAAUAAGUUUCUCUGAACUUCAACAGAACAUCAACCAACUUGAGUUCACAAAAUAAAAAAAAUUGGCAUUGGAAAGUUGCAUCUAGCCUUUAUAUAGCACAAAGCCAGCAGAAGUCUUCUGCAAACCAGCACUGAAUUAUUGGAGGAAUAUGUAUGUAUCUUCAUAAAUUUAAAAAUCAUUACAAAAUGGACUACACAACUAUUAUGUCAUUUGUUCUCCUGUGCUGUUUGUCAUACUAGAUGUCUUAGAUUAGAAGAAAAGUUACCUUUUCUGAAUAUAUUGUUUGAAUUAAACAGAUUCAUCAAUCUUUAAUUUACAGUUUGUUCAACUUUUGUUAAUGUUUAAGUUCAUGAAAUAAAGGAUUUAAAAUGAUU